AAUAAAUAAUUGUCAUUUUAUUUCAAUUCAUGACCCAGUAACAAUGGCGGCCAUUGGACGAAAUUUACGAAAGCCUUUACAAAACCUCCUUCAAAAGCAGGUGACUUGCACCUCAGUUGUGCCAGUAAGAUGCUUGAAUCUACAGGAGUUCCACAGCAAGAAGCUGAUGGCAGAUGCUGGCAUCAAUGUGCAGAGAUUCCGUAUGGCAACUACUGACAAAGAAGGAAUAGAGGCUGGACAAUAUCUCAUGGAUACAGGAGCCAAGGAACUGGUCAUUAAGGCUCAGAUUCUUGCUGGUGGUCGAGGUAAAGGUGUAUUUGAUAAUGGCUACAAGGGAGGAGUGCAUUUAACUAAAGAUGUUGAGAAAGUUGGACCAAUGAUCUCAAAUAUGGUGGGUCACAAACUGAAAACAAAACAAACCAGUAAAGAUGGCGCUACAGUCUACCAGGUGAUGGUGGCCCAAGCACUAGACAUCGAGAGAGAGACAUAUUUUGCGAUCUUGAUGGAUCGUGAGGCUAGUGGUCCUGUCAUGGUGGGCAGUCCAGAGGGAGGAGUUGAUAUAGAAGAGGUUGCGGAAACACAUCCCGAUAAAAUAAUGAAAGAGCCAAUAGCUAUAGAUGGCGUCACUAUGGAACAAGCAAUGAAGAUGGCAGGAUUUCUAGAGUUCACUGGACCUCGACAAACAGAGGCCGCUAAACAAAUUAUACAACUAUAUAAAUUAUUUAUGAAGGUAGAUGCAACUCAGGUGGAAAUUAAUCCUUUUGGUGAAACACCAGAUGGCGAAGUGGUAUGCUUUGAUGCAAAAAUAAACUUUGAUGAUAAUGCUGAAUUUCGACAGAAAGAUAUUUUCGCACUCAAUGAUACCUCAGAAACUGAUUGGAGAGAGGUGAAGGCUUCUGAACACAACCUCAAUUAUAUUGGCAUGGAUGGAAAUAUAGGCUGUCUUGUAAAUGGUGCAGGUCUAGCUAUGGCCACCAUGGACAUUGUGAAGCUCAGCAAUGGAGAACCUGCUAACUUCCUUGAUGUUGGGGGUGGUGUCACAGAAGCUCAGGUUCUGGAGGCUUUCAAACUGCUGACUGCUGAUGAACAGGUUAAGUCAAUCCUGGUGAAUAUAUUUGGUGGUAUCGUUAACUGUGCAACUAUAGCCAAUGGCAUCACUAAUGCCUGUAGGAAUAUGGACCUGUCUGUACCCCUAGUUGUUCGCUUAGAAGGUACCAAUGUAGAUGAAGCCAAAAAGAUCCUACGAGAGAGCGGUCUUCCUAUAACCCCAGCUGAUGACCUAGGGGACGCAGCUAGGAAAGCAGUUGCUAGUAUUCAAUAACCAAGUCUUGUGAUAGCCGCAAUUAUAGCAUAACCAGAAUUAUGGAAUAUAUGCAAUUAUGGCAUUGCUGUAUAUGGAAAGUGCCAUCUUGUAUCUUAACAAAUUAUUUUCUUAUAAUGUGUAGCAAUGGAAUUAUUGUGAGAAAUCAUGAUUGAAUGAAUUAUUUGCCAAAAUGAAAUUAAUCGAAAUAUGAAUAAAAUUUGAGGCAUGGAUUGGUCAUACGCAAUGGAAUAAAUGGACAAUUUUUCGAAGAAAUCAUAACACUGUGUCCAUGAUAGACUGAUACUCAAACUAGGAAUGUAUUUUUACUUUUAAUGUAUUUUAUUUUUAAUGGAACUAAAACAAUUCAAUGGCUUCUUAGUUAUAGUAUAUGCAAUCUCUACUUAAUGACAGAUAGGAUGUGUAUUCCCGACAUGAACUUUCCCGAUAGUCAGAAUCAUCAUUGUGGGCCUAGUUGUUUAAAAUCACUUUUACUACAGAUUAACUUAGUCAUGAAUGUAGUUUUCUCAAUCAACUGGACCCUGUUCUUCAUGUAUUUCUAGGAGAGUUAAUAAGCUAUUUGUACUUCAGUUAAACCUGACUAUAGGAAAACAUAUUGAAAGCUUUUAGUCUGACAGUUUUCAUUUGGUUACAACUUAACAAAUUAUAAUAUAUUCUCAUCAGACAGGUUUUCCUGUACAUUUAACUUCUUCAUAAAGCUUGACCAUUAUAACAUUGUCAAAUGCUAUAUAAUCCAGUCAAGGUUGUUCCAACAAAACUUUGUGGAAAAAUGAAUUUAAUUUCGUUAUGGUUUGAUCCCCCUUCCUUCAUCUUACAAAAUUUUAAAAUGUUGAUAUAUAUUUUGUUUAAAAAUAUCAAAACUAUAUGAAACCAAACCAUCAAUUACCUCCUCCCCUGACGAAACUAACUCCAUUAUUUCACAACGUCAUUGGGGUAAUUGGACACCUUCCCUUACAUGUAUAUGUGUGUAGAUUAGAGACAUGGUUCGUCAUCAAGCAGGCUUCAUAGGCCAGAGGUUAUCUCAAGUUUUGUUGAUACAUCUCUACAAGGGAUGUGUCUGGGGGAGGGGGGCACAUCUUGCCGUUUGAGAAUUAUAAACAGGGUAGAGGGUUGUACUACAAUUAAUAAUAUAAUUAGAACAUGAUCAUUAUAAUAGUAAAUGAUCAUCUUCAUGGAUGUUUGAAGCUAAGUUGCAAUAUGAAAUAAAAGCUAAUUAUUUAUAUACAUGUGUAAUAUUAUUUUAAGUUUGUUUGCGAGUGAGGGGUCACCUCAAAAUGGUAUUUCUAGAGAAUGUGAUUUGAUAUAGGAAAAUAGGUUUCAGGGCCUAUAUUCGUGCAGUUCAUUCGAAAUGACCUUGUAACUUUUUUCUAUUUAGAAAUGUUUGUUUUUUAAUUUUCUAGGUGCCCUUUUGACUUAUAUUACCUAAUUUCCAGGGUAUCAAGGACAGGUUACCUGUUUGUUUUUAGUUAGCAAAAAAACAAGCUAAUUUUUAUUAUUCUCGAACGGCACUUGAGUCGAGUAGGACUCUUUUGAUAUGAUAUUCUGUUAUGUGUGUACAUUGUAUGUGCACUUCAAAAUGUGUGUUAAUCAUAUUUUUUAUUUUUAAUUACGUCACCAAGUGAUGAUGUAUUGUCCUAGCCAACAGUUGAUUUGGCUGAUAUUUGGUGUCAACAUUUGGCAUAUGUAACAGAUAGUAACAAGUUUUGCUUAUAUGUUGAGCCUAUCGUCCACUUGCC